AUGCCGGUCCCGGCGGGAGACGAUGGUGAUGUUGACGAUGGUGCUGAUGAUGAUGAUGAUGAUGAUGAUGAUGAUGAUGAUGAUGAUGAUGAUGAUGAUGAUGAUGAUGAUGAUGAUGAUGUCGAUGAUGAUGUCGAUGAUGAUGUCGAUGAUGAUGUCGAUGAUGAUGUCGAUGAUGAUGUCGAUGAUGAUGUCGAUGAUGAUGUCGAUGAUGAUGUCGAUGAUGAUGUCGAUGAUGAUGUCGAUGAUGAUGUCGAUGAUAAAGAUGAUGAACGUGACGACCAGUGCGGUGCACGAGACUGA